AUGGCGGAUUCCUCUGUGGGUGACUUACAAGCGAUGACGAAGGAAGAGUUGUUGGCGUUCAUCCAGGAGCAAAGCUCGUCGUUCCUGCAACAACAGCUCGAUAAACAGAGAGACAACAUCCAAGAACAUUCGAAUAAAAUUGAUGCUGUGUUGGCCAAACUCGACGCGCUCACGCUACAGAAUCCCGUUACCCCUCCUCCUCUGUACCAUAUUCCCCAGUCGAUGGCUUCAAUGGCGACGCCGGUUGCGGCAUUCGAUUCCGGAACAGGGCCACGCCUAGCAGGGAACACUACCCCGGGUUUUUACCCAAAUCAAUUCCAGACAAAUCCUCCCCCUGGAAACUACCAAUACACGCCUCUUGUGUUGCAUAGAGUCGAGUAUUACCCUGAUCGAUUGAAAGAGCAGGGAGGAUUCCAGGCCACCGGAUUUUACAAGCAGGCACGAAUGCCUCGCUUACAGUUGCCUCAAUUCAAGGGUGAAACAGGAACUUCCCUGCCAACAAUGGAGCUACACGCCCAAAACCGGAACCUGCUGCCCCAAUUCCAGUUCGUAGUGUUCGAGAUAAGAUUCCAACUCCAUUCAGGCCUAAUACUAAUGAGAAGAUGGACAUGA